CGUAGCGACCUGAAUAACUUGCACAGUAGGGAUGCGCAGUUACAAUGGGCGCUAACUUCCUCAAAACACCUCUCGGAUUUUUGUUUUAAGCGGAUCACAACUAUUUCCUUAUUUAUUAAAUUUUUAUUACUCUUUUUUUUUUUCAUUUCAGUGUCUCACGGCGUUUACUUGGAAAGAUGGGACAGAAUAGAUUACAAACGCGUCAAGUUUCUGUUGUCGGAUCCGAGAUAUCCAAAUCUACCGAGCCUGUCAUUGUGUGUUCCAAAUUUUGAACAGCCGCAAAAUUGGGCACAAUUCUUUGGCUCGCGUUUGAGGACGUAUUUUGUUCCAUUUGAAACAGGAAACCACUUUUUCUUCCUUUCGUCCGAUGCCGGAAGUGAACUAUUUAUAAGCACCAAUGAAAAACCGGAGAUGAAGACCUUAAUCAGUAAAAUAGACGGCGGGUUUACCUCUUACCCGUAUGAGUAUGAUAGUGUUCUUGAUCAGUUAGGUUUAAAAAGCAAAAAAUCGUUGAACUCUCAUUCUAUGAAAUGCUUUUGCGAUUCAUCCCGAGCGAAAAACCUAACUUCUUGUUCGAUAAAUAAGAGUGUGCCAGUGAUUAAUAGUACAUUUAUUCUCAGCUUUUAUAUUAUUAUAUUUGCAACACUGUAUGUAUUGAUGGUCCCUAGAUACACCACACAAAAAUCUCUGCCCAUUUACCUAAAGAAAGGCAAGUAUUACUACAUGGAGGCUAUAUUCAAGGACGAUCAUCAAAAUGAUCACCUGGAAGCUGCGGUACAGACACCAGAUGGGAAAUUUUACAAAGUGAUACCCUCCCAAUUCCUAUGGACAACAUUACCGACACCUCCCGAGAAAAAUGCAACAUACCAAGCCAUUUUGUUAAGAAUUGCGGCACGAGCCGGUGCAAGAGCCGGGUUGUCGUUUGGAGCAAAGUGGGCUCAUGAAAGUGGAGCCAAAGCAGGAGCAAAGGCUGGUGCCUUGGCAGGAAGGGAGACUGGAGCAUCGGCAGGAGCUAAUGCUGCCGUAAAAGCUGCGAUAAAGAUGACAAAAAAAACCCUGGAAGACGCAUUCAACAAUAUUCAUGGUGACACGGUACACAAAUUUGAUAUAAAUAUCAAGAAUGGAAGCGUGGUCUCGGUAACAGGUCUUGGAAUGCAAGGGUAUGGCGGAGGUGCGUCUACUACAGCCUCUGGAGCUUCUGUUGCCGCCGCUGGUGCUGUUGGAACGGCAGGGACUGCAGGGAUUGCAGGGUCUGCCGGUACUGCCGGGACUGUCGGAACUGCUGGGGCUUCCGGGACUGCUGGGACUUCUGGGGCAUUAGGAGCUGGGGGCAGUGGCGGAGCUGGAGGUGGAGGUGGAGGCGGUGCCGGAGGUGGCAUAGCGGGAGGUACUGGAGCAGGUGGAGGCACAACGAUCGGAGCUGGUACAAGUGGGGGUGCAGGAGGAGGUGCAGUAACAAGCGCAGGUGUUGGUGCUGGAGGAGCAGCUGGUGGUUCUUCUAUUUCUGCCGCUGGAGGUGCAGGAGGGUCCCUGGUUACGUCAGCUACAGGAUCAUCAAGCAGUGGUGGCGUUGGUGGAGGCGCUGGAAUUGGUGGCGCUGGUGAAGGAGGGAUGGUUGGAUUUGAAUCUCCUUUAAGAAAUAUGACUAUUAUUCCAAAACCAGGAGAAGACCCACAGACCCUUGCGAGGGCGCUGGUUUGGAAAGUGGGAGGUGCACAAGCAAGUAAGCUGUUUUGUUAUAUGGUUAACUCUGUGAGCGCGCAGGAUGAUCCAAAUCCUGCGCUAUGUAACAUUGAUUCUUUUUCCUUAGUUGUAGGAAAUGCAAUGUACACAAUUCAUUCAUAUCACCUACCAUACUCACAGGAGGACUUUACGCUUAACUGGUGCUGGCGGUCAGUAAAUGGUCGAUUAUUCUUGAGACAGUUCUGUCAUGUGUUUAUUGCUCGAGUGCCGGCACUGUAUGAGAAAGCCCAUCAAACAUACAGUGUCUCUUUUGAGUCUGCGUGCCUUCCCGGUCAUUUCAUAAGGCAAAAGAAUUACCACUUUCGUCUGCAGAAGAGAGACGGGACAGAGUUGUUUGGUAAGAUUCCAGAUUUGCUGAUUGUAGGCUGUCUUGUCUUUAUAAUGGCAACCUUUAUAUCUCAUAUGUACUAUCCUCUUUUUUUUUCAGAUAAAGACAGCUCGUUUACAGUUUACUCGGUUAUGUCUUAUACACGGAAUCUUAUCUUUAAUUCAAUGCACAAAGACUGGUGUGUCUGCGAAGCUGAAAAGCCAGCCUGGAGUGGGCCUGAAGUUCUUCUCGACUUUUAUAAGGGUGAUCCAGAUGUUCUUACACGUUGUUCCUUCGUGGUUCAACCAAUCCAACAAAACGCUAACAAGCUACAAAACUGUUUAAACGUCCUUGGACCAGUGGAGCAUCCUGCAAUCGAGGGACAACCGCUUCCUCAUCCCCCUCAUUUAGUUCCUCAAACUCCUCCUUCACCCCCAGUUCUGCCUGUAUGCAUACCGGUAUGCCCGGAGGGAGCUAAGGGAGGAACUUCAGUGGGACAACCAAGCGCGGGCGCCACUGCUCCUACAACCUCUUCAUCACCUGGGGUGCCAAGCGCCCCGGAGAGUAAAGAGAUGUGCGUUGCAUUGAAUUUCAUCAACAACCUUGGAUCUGCCUUUCAUCUCUAUUCAUCUCUAAAACGCGAGAGAUAUCUUGUCACUGGAGCUGGCUUUAAACUCAAACUCAUCGUAGACCGACCCGAGCUACAUGGUCAGGUUACGUUUCGUGCAGAGGAUCCUGCAGGAAACAAACUACUUCUGAAUGGAAAAAAGAGUAUUUUAGAGGACGUGGUGCCUGGCUGCCCUGACUUUUGGGAUGUGUCUGUAACUUCAAACCAAGGUAAUUUGAAAAAUAUGAAAUGAACUGUGCAUUUGAAUUAGAGUGAGCGAGAGUUAGAAACUCGAUUUUAUGAACCUCUUUGCUUGAAUGAAUCAAUGAAUCAAUGAAUCAAUAAAUCAAUGAAUCAAUGAAUGAAUGAUUGAAUGACUAAAAAUAUCUUAUUUCUGCGCAACUUGAGGACUUUGACAUAAUACCACCACGCCACCACACAUCGUUGUUGUAGAUGUUUACUGAUCUGUAGGUAGAUUGUGUACAUUGCUACAAGCCAAACAAACUUCAUUUACAGUGGAAAGCUCUUUUAAGAAAAUUUUUUUUAUGUUUUAAAAAUGAUUGAUUAUGACCUCCCAGCUAGUGAUUUAGUAUAGGAUAUGCAUGAGGGCUUCCCGCCACUAUCAGGAAAACAGUUUACUCUAGAACAUAAAGGUAACACUGACUUGUGUGUAUGGUCUGGCUAAGGUAACAAAAUUA